AUGGCAAUUGCGAAUAAAUUUAUGUACUCCCCAAAAAGAGAUACAUUAAAUUCAUCUCAAAGGAUUCAUCCGAGAUCUAUAUUAAAGACACCAAAUAGCAAAGCAGAGUAUAAAAUUUGUAUUGAAUUCUAUUUAGGCAGCAUUUCAAGAGCUUUGGUUCUCCUAUUAAUCAGAAAACUGAAGAAGGCUUUUCCUCAACAAGGUAUGGUACAGAAGCUUCAAGAAGACACAACUCAGAGUUCAAAGAAAGCUACCAGAACCUUAUAACUAAGAAUCUUCAAAAAUAGCUCGAGUAUAAAUUUUACAAAAUGUAAAUUACAAAAUUCAUCAUCUCUAACCAGAGGAGAUCAAAGAAGUAAUAAUCAGAUUGAUCCUCCUUGAAUUGAAGCAAGGCUAAAUAAUCUACGCUCUCAAUCUCUUCAGUGAUAUGAGCAGAGAAAAGGUAUAAAAAGCCCGUAUCAAGAUGGAGCUAAGAAUUUAAGAUAUUCCUCUCAAAAUCAAGUCUCAAAUAUUGUUUUCUAUGACCAGACUACUAAUCUGAGCUUGAAGAAAAGUGAAAUGUAUACGACGACCAACCAGAGAGAAUAUUCAUCCCCUAAAAAGAAAUGAAAAGUUAUGAAAAGCCAUACUUUAAACCCUAGAGAAGAUAUUGGUUAUUUUAAUCCAUCUUCUAUUAUGAUUAACAAGCAUAACAAGCACUCAACAAUAAAGCCUACUAAACAAAAGAUAUCAAUAAAGAAAACAAUUGAUCCAUCGGUCUGUAGCGAAAAGCCACCAGUGAUUCCAAGAGAGAGCAAUAUUUGAGAUAAAUCAUUAGGGAAACCCCCAAUUCAUAACUGAAGAAAUAAAAAUAAAACAGGCAAUAAAUGAACUAAAAGACAAAAACCCUCAAGUCCAAUCCAAAAAUAUACUGGAAGGGCUGAUACUAUCUCAAGAGGUAGUUGCCUGACUUCUGGCAGUAAUCACGAUACUGGAUCAGUCUGAAGCUACAGAUCAUACAAAAGUAAUCACCUAUCUUCAGUUUCCAGAGAAAGAGGGAAGAACAAGCAAUUAUCAGACAGAAAUUAUGAGGUUUGUAAACAAAGUAACUACUCCAAAAGUGAUGUAAUGAGUGUUGGAUCAUUGUCUCGGAAGAAAGAAAACUUUAACAAAACUGUCAAGUUUGAAUAUGUUGGGGGUAAAAAUAAGAAGAGAAAGCACCAUUUGCUAAAUAGAGUUAGAGGAUGAAAAUAAAGAAUCAAAACUCACUAAAAAUCAAAAGAAAACAAUCCAGAAACCUGAUCAUUUUGUCGAUCUAUUCACUGGAGACCAAGCCAAAACAGUCCAUGAGAAAAGAUCUAAGGUGAAUGAAUGCUUGAAGGAAAAGAUUAUGAACAGCAUGAUGUCAAGUAACAUUUAUCAUAUUAAUUCUAAAUAAGGAAUUCCUUCAAAGGCAUUAUCUGAGUAAAUCUAUAUAAUUACAAUAGAGAGCAAUCAAAUUAAUACAAACGGGGUUUCUCUUCCUAUGAAGCAUAAUACUCCUAACAAAUAAUGAGAUUAAGAGAAAAAUGAAUAAAGCUCUCACUCAGCAGAUGGAGUAUAAAAGGCUUCAAAAAGAUAAUGAAAUCAUGCAGAAAUAUCAUCAAGAAAUUGAGCAUAAUAACAAUCAUCAAGCAGAAAUAGACCAAGAAAAGAUGAUAAUAAUACAAAAGAAAACUCAACAAAGAGAGGAGCUUCGCAAAGAAAUGGAAAGAGUUCUUGAAAUGAAGAGAAUUCAAAAAUUGCAAGCCCAUGAACAAGAGUACCAGAACUGCUUAUAAUCUUCAAUAUUUUGUUAAAAAUAA